AUGGCGGGUGCGAGGCGUGCAAUUAUCAUGCACGACCGGGAUCAUGGCCCUCGCGACCCCAUCCAGAGUGCCAUGGAGGGGGUUUGCAUAGCAAUGGACUUGUUGCCUCGUGAUGGGGCCCGGGACGAUCUGAUAACUUUUUUCCUCGUAUCGGCAGUUGAUUGGUGUUGUGUGACGCAGGUGGGUGGGGAGUUGAGGAGAAGAGAGAAAUUGGUGCAACAAGAGGUGGAGGAGGAGGAAUGGGGAAGAAGGAAAGAAAAAAGAAUUAUGCGAAUCCGCUCAACGGAGUUGCCAAGACGCGGCAUUUUGAGGAAGGAGGUACGACUUCCGCCGACGCUGAUCUUUGAAGUAUUUGCUCUGGAUAUUUUGCAAGGCAUUAAAGGCAUUCUGGGUGUCUCGAGGUGCGCAAAGUCAGAGAAGGGAACAUGUCGAACUGAGAGAAAUCUAAAUAAAAAAGAGCAGAUGUUUGUCCUUCUACCCGAGAUCUCAGUAUACGCCCGCAGACAGUCGUGGUGCCAAGCACACUGGAGUAAAUUGUGCAUCAAAAUCACCUCAUUUAUUGCGGAUACUACUGCAAUAUACACUAGCUGUCAAGUGCCUAGUAGCGUGGAGGAAAUAAUUAUCUCAACAUCUCCAUGUGGAAAGCGUCCAUCACAUGCCAAUUCCGGCUAUUGCAGCUACACCCCUUCCCCUUGUUCAUCAUCCACCAGGUGCGGAUACUUGUGCUUUGGCCCAGAGCGACGACUACUCUACGGGUUUGGGCCAGGAUUAAGAUCUGAUAAGAAAAUUUUUCACGAGAGAGCAAGGGCCGGGACCGAUUUCGGUACCUUGUAUUUGCCAACAGCGUAUUAUUCGAGCUUCUGA